CGUGAUAUAAGCGCAUCGAUCAGCAGUCAUGUUCUCCGCCUGCGUGUUUAUUAGAGGGCGGUGCCACAGAAAACGCACUAAAGGUUAAUAAAUAAGCGCGACGCUCCUGAAAGCCGAUUAGCAUCAAAAGAAAAGAGGAGGAAAAAACAACAACAAAAACAUAAAAGAUCCUUUUGUGUGUUGGAUCGGCGGCUGAAGCUCCACGAUGCGCGCGCACAUUACGCGUCUUGUCCUUCUCGCAUCUUUCUGGACCACGGUUACCGGUGCAGAUUGGUGCUAUCAGGUGACCUGUGAUUCAGUCUGCAACGGAACGGAUACUUGGCAAAAGUUGCAUGAAGACUGUGCGAAAAACAGACAGUCACCCAUUAACAUAGUGACCAGGAAAACCAAGCUGGACCACAAUCUCACACCACUCGUAUUCCGAGGCUACCAAGAAGCCUUCGACAGUCUCCUGGUAAAUGACGGACACUCUGUGAAGGUAUCUGUGCCAGUGACUCACCAAGCCACUGUGAGCGGAGGGAACCUCGGGGCCACGUACAAAGCCGUGCAGUUUCACUUACACUGGGGAGAAAAUGGUGGCCCCGGGUCUGAACACACAAUCGAUGGAGAGCAGUACCCGAUGGAGCUGCAUAUUGUUCAUAUGAAGCAGAAUUAUACAACUUUUGACGCAGCUCUGAAGGACCCAACUGGACUGGCGGUGCUGGGAUUCUUUUAUGAGGAAUCAAAGAGUGAAAACAAAAAGUAUAACGGACUCAUACAAGCUCUGAGAAAAGUUCAACCUUCUAAUACAAGUACAUCACUUACUGGUAUCUCCCUGAGCAACCUCAUAUCCAGUGAGGAGAAGAUGACCAAGUAUUAUCGUUAUGAAGGCUCUCUGACCACCCCUACCUGCACUGAGGCAGUGGUCUGGACUGUGUUUGAAAUCCCCAUCCCACUGAGCAAAGAGCAGCUCUCAGCAUUCUCCUUCUUAAAGUAUCCGAAUGGUAAGCCCAUGACAAAUAACUACAGACCAGUGCAGCCACACAAGGGCCGUGCAGUGUACCGCUCCGGCAGUGCUGUGGUCAUGUUCAGCUUUACCCUCCUCCUGGUGUGUGUGUGUUCAGCUUUGGACCUUUCUCAGCUCUACUAGAGGACGAGCCGAGCCGCAAACCAGCAGCAACAAGCGCAGAAUCAAUAAAGCCAAACGGAUUGACUGGCACUUCUGUACAUGUACAUCACAGUGAAUGCACUUUUGUUUUGACCUCCGUCUUAGAGGUGAGACUUCAUUUCUAUGUAGGUGUGUGACAUGCUGAUAUUUUGGAUGGCUGAUCUGGAAAACAGGGGUGUGUUCCUUUGCUAUCAAUAGAAACCCAGUUAAGUCCUCUGGAGAGAGACAGGGAGGUUAUAAAUGCCUGGCCUUUAUCUAUCUGAGGCACGGCCAAACUGGAGCCUCAUGCACGUGCGCACACACAUACAGACAUGAGCAGUAAGCAUGUGGCCAUUCAUCUGUCAAAGUAGUGUAACUUGUAUUAUUCAUAGGUUAGAACUGUACACACACAUUUCUCUAGGACGUUAGUGUCAUUUCAGAACCGAGCACCUUUGUGAAUUACACAUCACAGGUCAAAUCUGAGGUCAUUCUUUACAUCCGCUCUCCUCUGAGCUUAAAUUUCAGCAAUGACACUAUCACAGUCACGUACACACAGUAUAAAUAGAAAUAAAGGAGCGAUCAUUUAAUGCGCACUGUUGCUUAUUUUAAACUGUAUAUACUGUAUAUGUUGUACCAUUCUUUGUUUGUGCAAGACUUCCAUCUCAUUUAUCUGUCUUAACUAGUUGAAGCAGGAAGGCAGGGUUUCAGACACACACGACAAACCUGUUUCCUUUUGUACUCGUGUUCGAAAAUUCAUAGUAUUUCCUGAUGAGCUGAAAUUUUUACAAGCAAAGUUUGGAUCCCUGUGGGUUUAUUUUUUUAAUCACAGUAAUUCUCCUAAAUCUUUCAAAUCAUGCUUUGUUUAUAUUAGAUUUUAUUUGAAAGGUUUUAGCAUGCUUCAAAACAGCAAUUUCUUUAGGAUGGAAAUGCUCAGAAACUCUAGGUGGCAAAACCUUCCUCACAGUCAGUGCACCAGCAUGCAAAGGAAACCUGGAACUUAACAGUUUAUUAAGCUCUGAUGAGCUCAGUAACCUGAAUUAACUGAUAAACCUGGAUUAACAGCAAGCCCAGCAGCUAGCUAUCAGACGUAGCUAGCUAUUCAACGAGUGAGUUAGCUGAAUGACUAGCAGGCUAUUCAAUAGAAGCAUAAACAAUGCUAGUUAUAUAAUAGAAGCAUAAACAAUUUGAUAUAGUACUAGUUUAUAUCAACUGCCAUUUAGUAACAGCAGGCAAAACAUUAAUUUAAACUAGCUAAUGUUACUAGCAAACAUUCAGGUAGACUCAAUCCUGAGUUUUUACUGAAGCAGCCAUAGUUCAAAUCUCCCAUACAGUCGUUUUGAGGCGUUUGAAAUUGCAAGCGAGAGAGGUUCUAUUUAGUGGAUGUAAAUCAUCAGCAGUUUUUUUUUCUUUUUUUCUACAGCUUAUAAAUAGCUUUCAGCGCUAUCAGAAAUCCCACACUGUGGUGGUGUUAGCUUCUUAGAUGAAAGCAGAUCAGCUAAAAAUAACCAAACACGGUGGAAGUCUUACACAAAAUUUCACACACCGAAUCAGCUUGUGUCCUGAACCUUAUAUUGAUCGUACAGAGAGAAACUGAAACAUUGAACAGUAAUUCUGUUGAAAUAUAUUUAGAUUCAUAUAUAAUAGAAUAAUAUGAAUGCAAAAAUCUUGUUGUCUCUCAUAGGCGGCCUUCGUAAUUCUCAACCUCUUAAAAUUUACAUCAUUUAAUAUAAUUUCUAACCAUUUUAACCUUUAAUAUUUAAGUAGUUUUGCUACUAACCCCUAAAACCUCCUCAGACAUACUGCUACAAUACAUUUUUACAACACAUAUUUAAUUGUCUCUCUAACAGAGUGAAGUGGCUGAUUUAUUUAGGGUUUUUUUUCACCUACAUGACCACACUGGAUGGGAUGGGAUCGAAUCACAUGACCACAUGAGUUCAUGUUCAUAGCCAGGUUUCUGUAGGUCUCAGAGGCCCUGAUUAUGACUGUACUGUGAAUCUUGGUAUAGAAGACCAAAGCAGGAAUAUAAUAGACGCACAUAAUUUUUUUAAAAAAACCUCUAUUGUGUCAUGUGUACACCUUUAAUGUUUUUAUUUUGGUGUAUGUUCCUAUGUAGAGCACUGUUCUAAUCAGUGAUGGUAUUUGUACUAAUUUCUGCAUUUUGAAUGAGGUUCACUAUAAUCAUAUUAAAUUGUUGUUUUUGUUAUUUAGCUCAUGUCAGAUAUUGAAUGAUAUUUUCUGUAAACAUGUAUUUAAAUAUAAAGCGUGAUAAUUAUGUCAGAUAAAAAAAAUUAUUGCAGUUGUGUUCCCGAUUCGAUAACGAACUACUGAAUUGCCUCAUGCACAAAUAAAAAAACUAAACAAAAAUAAAAGGAAUCAGAUUCUAUAGAAUCUAGAUGAAACUGCACGAGUUUUUUCUAUAUAAUGCAUAUAUUACUAAGUAAAUGGAUUGCCUUGAAUAAAAGAAUAAACAACAAAUUAAUAUAACUAUUUUUGACAUGUAAAAAACUCAUGUGAUUACUGAUGUUGCAUGAUGCAGCUGAUUUCUAAGUUUAAAUAAACAAUAUUAACUUUUUGAAGAUUCA